AGCAAUGCGACUCCCCAUUGGCGAAGCGCGAAGGUUGCCCCCGGUUACCGCCAUCGCCUAGCAACGGCUUCGUAAACAACCUGACAACGUAACCUGACAACGGCGCUUCCUCUCGCCCGGCAACACUUCCCGAGUGGCUUUACGCGCUUGCAACGGCAAGAAAGGCGGAAGUCGUUCCGUGAUGAAUCCGAAGACAAUGAGCCGAGCAAGGUCGUGGAGCGAGGUGGUGGAGGACCUUUACCGCUUCCAGCAGGCGGGCUACCGUGACGAGACGGAGUACCGCCUCGUCAGGAAUGUGGCCGAGGUGGACCGCUGGCCAGACACAGGCUACGUGAAAAAACUUCAGAGGCGUGACAACACGUUCUAUUACUACAACCGCCAGAGGGAGUGUGAGGACAAGGAGGUUCACAAAGUCAAGGUGUAUGCCUACUGAGAAUGGGUCUACUUUCAUGACAGCUCCAUGUAUCAUAUUGAUUGCCUCUACAUCUACUUUGAAGUAAUGUAAAUGUGAAAUGCUUUUAUUAGGAUCAUUGGUAGAACUGCCUUAGCGAAUCUCACUUGCUUUGUUUUUUUAAAUGUGGAUUACAGAUUAUGUUGACCUCAUUGAUAUAAAUAAUGCAUGUACUAAUGGUGACUUGUUAAUAAAUUCAUACUUAAAUGUUGUUGAAUAUAUUUUUUAAUCGACAUGUGAUGAUAUCUAUCAUAAACCCACGUGCGCUCCACCAAUUAAAAAAAAACAUUUGUGGUUAAAGCGAUCUGCUAGCACAGUACACACCACUAUGCAAAACAGCAAUAACAACAGCAUGCCUGGCACCUCCCCAUGUAACCAUAGAAGAUGCAACAUGUGCAUCUUCACAUCAACUGAUAUAUGGACCAAAACACCCAUAGCAUAAUUUAUGACACUCUACGUUUACAUGCACCAAUGUGGCUCAUUGCAUCAUCACGUGCAAACCCCACUGUGGCCUUUGCUAAAUUGGCGUUCGAUGUGUCCAACAUCUUCUAUCAACUAGCCAUGCAGAUAUGCCAAAAGCAGUGGCGUGUCACUUCAACAGUGGGGACCAUAACUCCAGUAAAAUGUCAGUGCGUGGUGACUGUCUUUUUCUCUGGUGGAUAUGACAGCAACAAAAGGCCAUCUCAUUCAAACUGAAUACCGUUCAGCCAGAAAGACGGGAUGAAUGCCUCAUUAACUUAAUACAUAGUUGAAUAAAUGGCUGCAGGUCAAACCUUAUAAUUUUUGGUUGAAUAUAUGGAACACAUAAAUGUACGUAACAUUUUAUUUUUCAGUAAUACAGUAUUGGACAGCAAAUGGUGAAAGGACACUCAAACGAGUUUUAAAUUGGCUCCCAUAAAUUCCUCUACCCUGCUUGCAAGGCUCAGGAAGAUAAACCACGUUAUGCUAUGAAUAAGGGCCUUUGACCAAAACGUCGGCCGCUAUGUCUUCCAUUUACGAUUUUAAGGCGACUGUUAUCGACGAAUGUUUUUUUUUUAAUUUGUGCCAGGGGAACCACUGCCAGCGCAGCAGCAUCACCAAAUAACUUGCUUAGGUUUAGAACUUUAGAUAGCGUGACUACAGGGUGGCACUAUGACAAUUGUUAAGCGUGAAAAAGGGGGGGGGGCGGGGUGUUCAUUGAGAAAAGUUGGCCUCGGUGGAGCAAACCCCACCUCCAGCCACUUACAGAAGAGCCUCGCCCCACGGAAGAGGCGCAGUAACACGUGAAAGCAGGGUCCGCGUUGGUGGGGUGCGUGUUCGUUUAAACGUUGAAUUAAACAGCUGACUUUGACUGAAGACCACUCUUGUGACACGCCGGGAGGUGAAUGGUCCCACCAACAUGUGGACGCUACGGGCUGCCUCCACUUGCUGUGGUCUGAAAGGAGGACUUUUUGUUGGAGCCUUCUUAUUAACUUCACAUUUACUGCUGGCCUCAGCACAGUCCGUGUGUUCGCCGGUGGAUUACCACUUUGAGUACACAGAGUGCGACAACACAAACUCGCGAUGGAGGGUGGCUAUACCCAACAUACCCGGCAGCUGCAUAGGAUUUCCAGAACCCACGCAAGGAAAAGAAUGCUCUUUCUCAUGUGGGUCGGGAGAGUUCCUGAACAUCCCCACGGAGACCUGCAUCAAGUGUACACCUGGGACCUACUCCCUCGGCUCUGGGGUUCGCUUUGACGAGUGGGAUGUCCUCCCCACUGGGUUCUUGGCUGCAUCCAGCAGCCAGAGCGUAAACCUCCAAUCGGAUGUCAACAGCUGCAACCAGUCACUUUGGACUCCAAAGGAUCAGUAUAUUGAGUCAAACAGAGAUGACUGCUCUGCGUCACUCAUCUACCGAGUGAAUCUCAAGACGGAGGGAACAAUUGCGUUCGAGUACCAAUACACCGACUCCAACAUGUUCUUUGAAUUCUUUGUACAAAAUGAUCAGUGUCAAAUGACAGACUUCAAAGGCAAUGUUAAAUACAUGCCAAUAUCUGAAACUGGCAAGUGGGUCUCACACGAAGUGAAACUGCCGAAAGGGAGCAAUGUGCUGUACUGGAGGACAACGGGCAUGGUCAUGCACAAGGACAAUGAAGAUCCCAAGCCUGUGCGCAUGCGCAGCAUUCACAUUACAGGAAUUUCCUACACGUCUAAGUGUUUCCCGUGUAAGGCGGGCACGUUUAGUCAGGACGAGGGGGCGAGCUCCUGCCAGCUCUGUCCCAAGAACACCUACGCAGCGAAAGGUUCAUACAUGUGCUCCUUUUGUGAGCAUGACUACUACUCAGAUCCUGGGUCAAGUGAGUGCAAGCCAAAGGAGCCAUGCACUGCAGAUGACUACAUCUUCACGCACUCUCCUUGCGAUGAGGAAGGACAGACACAGUUGCAGUACAGCUGGGUGGAGCCGAUGGUGUGCCGGGAGGAUUUGGAGGGUGCGGUGAGCCUACCGCAGCCGGGCAAGAAACAGCAGUGUGCACCCUGCAACCCGGGCCACUUCAGCAGCGACGGCUCCAAGUGCCUGCCUUGUCCCCAGGGCACAUUCUCCAACGGCACGACCGAGUGCAGCCAGUGCCCCGCCGGCACGGAGCCCGUGCUGGGGCUGGAGUACAAGUGGUGGAGCAGCCUCCCGCAGGGGAUCAAGUCGUCUUGCUUCAACGUCGACAACACGAACUGUGACGUGAUGAAAGGCUGGCUGAUGGCACAGGACCACAUCGUCACUGGCACGGGAGCCUCGGACAAUGACUACCUCAUCCUCUCUCUCUCUGUGCCUGGAUACAGCUACCAGAUCAAGAAUGACAGCAAGUCCAUUGAGGUUGCAAGGGUCACUUUUACCUUCGAGUUGGACUGUGUUUCUCAAUGUGAGCUCUUCUUCAUGGUGGACACCAACAGGAAGGCCACCAGGGUGAAGAACUCAUGGCAGGGCAAGCAGGACAAGCAGGUGUACACGUACAUAGUGCCGGAAAAUUUCACCACCACCUUCACGUGGGCCUUCCAGAGAAGUUCAAACCCCAAGGCGGGCCGCGAGUUCGUCACCGACGUCGCCAAGAUCUACGCCAUCAACGUGACCAAUGCGCUGAACAGCGUCUCGUCGCACUGCCGGCCGUGCGCGCAGGGCGGCGGCUCCGGCGACGCCGACUGCGUGCCGUGCCCCGCCGGCUUCUACAUCACCGAGGACUCCUCGCGCGCCUGCGUCGAGUGCCCCGACAACACCGUGGUGGCCGAUCGCCACGCGCUUGGCCGCGACUCCUGCGAGCCCUGCGGCCCCGCGGCCAGGAGCAACCCGAGCCACUCAGCAUGCUACAGUGACUGCACGUUCACAUACGAAACUGAGAGCGGUGUGCUCGAGUUCAACUACAGCGGUCUGAAUGGUACCACGAGCAAGGUGACUGGGCCCAGCUUCACGGCCAAAGGGACGAUGUACAACCUGGUCUACAACAUCAGCCUCUGCGGCAAUGAGGGCGCGAUGAAGGCGCAGUGCGUGGACAACGUGACGAGCGCCCAGCUAUCGCAGAAGGACCAGAGUCAGAGGACGCAGAUGGAGGCGUUCGUGUGCCGGUCGACCAUCAUCACGUCGGAGGCACGCGGCAUCGGGGCUACGGUUUCCUCGCAGAUACUCAACCUGGCCGACCGCUUCUUAGGGGCAAGAACACAGAAUACACUUGACGGAAUAAAUGUGCCUCUGGAGUUGUUUCCCCCAAGUGACUACCCCUCCAUCCCCGACAUCAUACAUUACUACAGGUCGUCGGACACCACAAACUCCUGUCCGGAUGGACGCGUCACCACCUUCCGGCUACGAUGCAGCCCGGAAAGCACACAGAUUGAUGACAUCGUUGUGCCAAGCAAAUGCCCUGAAGGAACCUGUGACGGAUGUACAUUCCACUUCUUGUGGACCACUCCAAAAGUUUGCCCGCUCUGCAGAGAGGUUGACUACAAGCAGGUCACCGAGUCUUGCCAGGGCGGCAUAGAGAGAACGCACUACGAGUGGAAGGCGCCAGGCCGCUGCACGGGCGGAGUGUCACUUCCGCCCGAGAAGAGAAAUGUGUGUAUGGACCUGAGCCUGUGGCUCAAGGUGGGCAUCGGGGGCUCCAUCCUCGUGGCUGUUGCCCUCGUAUUUCUCACCUGCCUCUUCUGGAAGAAGAACAAGAAGCUGGAGUACAAGUACUCGAGUCUGCUGAUGAAUGGCAGUGCCAAGGACGGGGGGGAGCUGCCUGCCGUGGACAGCUGCGCCAUCAUGGAGGGCGAGGAGGAGGACGUCAUCUUCGCGAACAAGAAAAACAAAUCCUUCUUUGGGAAAUUAAUGAACAAGAAGAAGGAUCCAGAAGAGGUGGAGUUUCAGUCUGUGCAACUGCAACUGAAGUCUUGAGUCAUAGGUGCGUUGCAAGUUUACAUAAAGGUGUGCACUUUGUAUUUGUCAAUUGACAUUGGUUCGUCCAUUGCAGUACGAGGCAUCGGAAUGUUUGCUUUGUUGAACGUUGUAAUGUCAUGCGGUAGACCUUGCAGCGUGAAAACUCUUUAACAGCAGAAUUUUUUACACAAUCAAAAGGUUGAUUUUCACGGUCAAUCGAGUUACUAGAUAUAUGCAUCAGGUGGGACUUUAUAAUUCCAUUAAACCAUUUAGAGAAUAAUGUAGAGUGGUGUGUAAGCUGUAUAUUGUUGGUGAGUUCCAUACAUGCAAAGUUUGCUGUAUUUUAAUUAUGUACAAAUAACACACAGAAUAUCAGAAUCCAAAUAUUUAUUUAGACUAGAGGAAUCCGAUGACCGAUAAAGCUCUUUCACAGUUGUCCAGUAGGGGCGGUUAAGAACGUUACAACAACAAACAGUACAAAACAUGAUAGUAGUGCAACGUACACGAAUAAUAUACAAAUCAACCCAAACAUACAAAUACAAUACUAAACCAUCCCCAUCCUACCAGGCAAAGCCCACUGAGGUAUUCACUUAUUUUUCAGAAGCGACCUGGCCACAAAUGAUAACUCAACAAAGUGGCCCCAUCAUUUGGACAUUUACAGCACCAAAAUAAUCGCAAUGCACGCUUGUAAA